AAGUGAAAGUAUACCAUCUACUGAAUGUAUCACGAAUCGAGUUUCGUUGUUAGCCUAGCAGAGAGCUGUCUCCAUCUUAAAAUGCGUUUUCCCUCAUUUAAUGUAAGCUAAGCAUAUUAUAAGCGACAUUUAGCAAAAUUAUUAGUUAUCUUGUCAGGAGCUGCUCGGUGAUGUUUACAAUCCUCGUCUUCCUGUCGUUGGUUUAUGGGCUGGAGGGAGCUGAUGUGGUCCUGUCCUGCUCUCUUAUCGAGGAAGGGGGCGGGAUGGGAGGCAUGAUGGGCGGGGCAAUGUUUAAGCGCACUCCCUCUACUCUGGUCUUCAAGGAUCUUGUUGGGAAUGAUGGUCUGUCGCCAGAGCUCGUGACCCCAUAUAACCCCCCUGAGACCCCUAACGCUGACGAUCUCAUCUUUGAGAUGACCUUACCAUCCAUUCAGAUUCCUAACGCAGACUUGCUUCUUCAUGCUGAUUGCAAUGAACAAGAAGUGGUUUGUGAGAUCAGCCGUUAUGUUCCUCGGGGUGCUGAGAUGGAUUCGCUACCUGCUCAUUUUAUUGGUUCAGUUCAGCUGGAAGGUGGAGGCAUUAGCCUUACUCUUGUCCUGCAAACGCUUCACGGUGACACAGCAAAAUCUGACACAGAACCACUUAUGCAGAGUAAACUGAACCUGCCUCUCAGCCAAUCUGGAACAUUGCUGACAGAGGUUGUGUUUGUGGUGUUUUCACGCGUCCCAUCAGUCGAGGCUCCAAUCGGGGGUGAUGCACUGUUAGACUGUGGCUUUAGACAGAAGAACUCCGUCCCUGGGCAGGAUGUGGCCCUUGAGUGGCGCAUACAACACAGAGGAAAUGGCCGUAAAAUUCUUGAUAUGAAAGCGAGGGAAACAGAAACAGACGUGGAACAAGACUUAUUUGUGGACCGGAACAACACAAGUGCUGAAGCAGAUCUUCUGGUGCGGGACGGUAAUGCGUCUCUGACUCUGAAGAGGUUAAAGGUCACAGAUGAGGGCACAUACAUCUGCACUGUCGGCUCUGGAGAGUUUCAGACUCAACAGAUCGUGCAGCUGCACAUCACACAACCUCCUCGUGUCACACUAUCCGAGGAGAAACUGACAUUUCAGGAUACGACACCCCAGAAACUGAGCUGCCAUUGUCAUCGCUACUAUCCUCUGGAUGUCCAGGUGGAGUGGUUUUCCCAGGCGCCUUCCGAAGAAGAGCCUGUCUCUUUGUCGAAAGAAUCCUCCCUCUCUAGUCACCGGCAGCACAGUGAUGGAACAUUUUCCCUCUCCUCUCACCUCACCCUUCAGCCUGAUAAAAACCCACCUGGAACGGUUAUCACCUGUAGGGUGUCUCAUCCCGCUUUAGAAACACCAACUGAUGCCACUCUGACUGUGAACGAACCUGAGCCAGACACAGCCUUCUGGACAAUAAUUUUAAUAGUGGCGAUAUCAGUGGUGUUUUUGUAUCAAGCAUUUAGAGGUGCAGAGAACUGAGGACCAGUCUUCUGUGUGAACACUUGGAAGGAACCAUCUUUUUUUUUUACUUCAUCUGUGUGAAAGUGUCUUCAAAAUGGGUUUAAUUCAUUCAUUGUACAUUUGUUGAACAGAAGUUAAUGUCAAAAAUCAAUUUCCUGCAUAACUUAUUCUAUAAAUGUGAAAUGAAUUCUCUAUUUUUUUUUCUGAUGUUCUAAUCUAUUGACUGUUGUUUAUUUGUUGUACAUUUUCCUUGUUUUUAAAUAAAAACAACAGAAGGUUU